AUGAAAGGUUCGGGCAAAGUCGAGGAGGAGGAGGAGGAGGAGGAGGAAGAAGAGGCGAAGCCAGAGAAUAAUUGUUCAGGCAAGCCCGAUGCGAAUAAGUUGACGAGGCACCGGGAAACGGGGCACAAAGGCACGGGACACGGGGGACAGCCCAGGGCCACACCGGUAGAGGGAAGUGCUAUAGAGCAGAGUAGAGCAGGCCUCUCUGUUCUGUUCUGCUGUGCAUUUUUCUCUGGCUGUCCCCAUCUGAUUCAGCCACCCCAAACCAAACACGCGCACACGCGUGAGUCGGGCGAUCCAGCACCAGCACCAGUCCCAGCAGCACCAGCGAGCCAAGGUGCAGAUGGAUGCGAACAAGGUGGUACUGUAGGUAGGUACCUGCUAUGGUGGAGUGGACCCGUUGCCUUGGGCUGGACCCUUUGCAGAGAACUCGUGCUGGAAGACAUUGUUCUUAGUAGGUUCCAUGGGAACAUCGUGGUCCAGUCCACUGAUUGGUUGCCAGGCGCCUAUUAUACGAUGUUCAUCAAGGAUGUUUUUAUUGCCCGUGAAAUGGGGAUACCUCGUCGACUGAUUGCUAGACUAGUAUCCAGUGCCACUGUAUCAACGAUUGAGUCGUCUCUUCAGGCCCCCGAGAUAAGUGCCACGAGCAGCCUGAGCCAUAAGUAA